AUGGAAUGGCAUCGGAACUUCGGACACAUGGCACCCUCUUCAAUUCUUCGACUUGUCAAUUCCAAGGCAGUCGUUGGAAUUCGUUUACUCGACAAGAAGAUUGAUGACUGUGAGCCGUGCAUCAUCGCGAAGGCGCGCGCGGGCUCUCACAAUCAUGUUAGUCGAAAACCCGAACAUGUUCUUCAACGAGUUUCGAUCAAUCUGGGAUUCGUCAACGAUGACGAUACCAAUGGACGAUCCAUCUACAUGGUUAUCGUCGACCAACUUUCAACCUAUAAGUGGGCUUUUCCACUUGGUUCGAAGUCGGCAUCCGAAGUCCUCGAGGUCUGGCGCGGCUUUCAAGCGCAGGUCGAGAGGCAGUCCGGUCAGAAGAUCAAGUUUGUUCGUUCUGACAAUGGAGGCGAGUUCGUCAACCAGCUGUUUGGCGACGAAUUCAAGGCACUUGGCAUCACCCACGAACUGGCUGCACGCUACACGCCGCAGCAGAAUGGUCAAGCGGAGCGCGCGAACGGCUCUCUCUUCGCGCUCGUCCGUGCCAUGCUCAAGGACUCCGGACUUCCCAUGAAGUAUUGGUUCUAUGCAUUGGAAGCGGCUGUUUUCGUUUCCAGUUGGGCUCAUAACCUAUCGCAGAAAAGAUGCGAGCGCGGAAGUAAAGCCUUCCGAUAG